GAAUAUGACAAAGGUGGCGAUCAUUGCAAUAUUAUGCCUCUUCUCAUUGUUUACCGUAGCCAUGCCUAAUAACCUGCCACGGGUAAGUACAUCACCUCGUCCACUUUGUGCUUCUCAAUUUAACAUAGUGAACUACGCGUGCGGAGGGCUUCCGCUAUCCCCGUUCUCGCCUCCGCCUUCUGGCCGGAACACUCACAGUAGCAGCAGUCGCAGGCACAGGCGUAGGCACCGACAGCGCGGGGAGGACAGGCAAGACUAUUGUUGUCAAUGGCUGAGGCAGGUGGAUAACGAGUGUGUGUGUGACGUGCUGGCUCACUUGCCUCCUUUCCUUUCCAGGCCUAAUCAUCACUACACUAUCACCGUUGGUGAUACCUGCACCUUCAGGUUUCCAUGUGGGGGGCGACUAGUGCCAUAAUUGCACCAUUCGUCUGGCUUUUUGCUUAAUUCUA